GAUAAACCGAUGAUGAUUUGAGUCGGAAAUUUUCUGUCUACUCAAUGCCAAUAAAGAUUGAGAUUCAAAUCUAAAGGCAUAGACACACCCAAUUGCACAAAGGUUAAACAACAGAGAUAAUGAGCAGCAACAAGAAGGUGUUAGUACUAGGAGGCACAGGCUACUUGGGUCAGCAUCUAUUGCAACACUUAUCAAAACAACCCUUUGAUUUAGCCUUUACCUAUCACUCUACCCUGCCUCCUCAGCCUUUACUCCAAGCCAUUCAUUCCGAUUGCAUUGCUUUCCCCCUUGAUUCACAAAAUGAGGCUGUAUUUUUUGGCAUCUCCAAAACAUUUGGCCAGCCUGAUGUGGUGGUCAAUUGUGCUGCACUUUCUGCUCCUAGUGCCUGUGAGAGGGAUCCUGCUACUGCAAUGUCGGUUAAUGUUCCAUCUGCACUUGUCAAAUGGUUAUUAGACUUUGGCAAUGACAAUACUCUUCUCAUUCAUCUUUCGACCGAUCAUGUUUAUGAAGGGGUAAAAUCUUUCUACAAGGAAGAGGAUGAGACUGCGCCUGUAAAUGUUUAUGGGCAGUCCAAAGUGGAAUCAGAGAAGUUUAUAUCUGUGAACUGGUCUAACUUUGCAAUAUUGAGAAGCAGUAUCAUAUAUGGGCCACAAACUGUUGCACCUGUGCAUAAGUCGCUUCCAGUUCAGUGGCUUGACAAUCUUCUUGCCAAAGGAAAAGAAGUUCAGCUCUUUCAUGAUGAAUUUCGUUGCCCUAUCUUUGUUAAGGAUGUAGUGACUAUCAUACAAACAUUAACUAGCAGAUGGAUUGCAGAUGGUACACGUAUGCAAGUGAUUCUAAAUGUUGGGGGACCAGACAGGCUAUCACGACUCCAAAUGGCAGAGACUGUAGUAGCUGUCAGGGGUUAUGAACUAUCGUUGCUUAAACCAGUAUCUGCUUCAACAAUUGAUCGCGGUGUCAAGUCCCCUGCCGACAUAUCAAUGGAUAUCAAAAAAUUGAUUCAAACACUAGAUUUUUCUCCUUUGAGAUUUGAAGAAGGCGUCAAAUUAACACUUGCAGAUCCAACCGAUGUCACUUCUUGAUUUGGAAGGGUUAGGCUCUUGUAAAUUUCUUACUCAUCAUAGGCUAAAAGAUUUUUCUUUCCUAUAAAAGAUAUUGUUUUUAUAAUAUUUAUUAAAUAUAAGGUGGGGAAUAUGAAAAUUGAUUUC